UAGCAACCGGUAGCGUUUGGUUUCUAUAGCAACUACAGCCCAGCUGGUUGGUAGCAUAGCUGUUAGCAGCAUUUGCAUCCAAGGACAACUUGAAAUACCAGAGAACUCCAACCGAUGCGAUGGGGGCAUCACUGACCAGGGCCGCUCAGUGGACCACGGCCAGCUCUGGUAGUACUGGCAAACUGGAGACCACUCCAAUCAAUGAGUCGUUGUUGAAAGACAUCCUGCACUUUGUGGAGCAGUUUGGCCUCAGGCAUCCACAGGAGGCAGCUCACGUGUUUGAAGAGCCACUGCAGUGGACUUGCACCUUAGUGGCAUCUGAUUUCAAUACCGACUACGACAUCAGCCAUGCCGAUGUACGGUCCCAGGAAAACGACUGCAAAGGUCACCCCCUGCUCCGGCUUUCCCCCCCGACCGUAGCAGUGGGGAGCUUCAGCCAGCUCUCUAAGCUGGUGCAGCUGGCCGGGGAUAGGGGGCUGACGGAGGUCGCAGCCUGUCUGGAAGCAAACCGAGAUCUGGUGGUGAAAGUCCUGGGUUCCAGCCUCGCCACGGUCCUGGAAGGAGGCGCAGACACGUCGGCGCCGGAGCUGGUGGAGAAGCUGAAGGCAGAGGGCCCAGAGCAGGCCCAGGACUCUGAGGUCAAGGUGCAGCUCUUCCUCCUGCUCCAACAGCUAGACAACCAGCUCAUCAGCAAGGCCCUCACAGACUUCUCCAAAGAAGUGGGAGUCAGGCCGUGGGCUGUGAAGAAUGAGGUGAAGCUGUUGAAAGGCUUCUGCAGCGAGGGAAACAAGCGAGUGUUGAAGUCUGUUCGAUACACAUCAGAUUAUGAAUUUUCCAAUGGCUGUCGCAGCCCGCCGUGGAGGCAGGUGCACGGGGAGAUUUGUUACCUGGUGGUGGAGCCCUGCGAUAAGGAUCCUCUCCACGUCACCUGCAGCAAGGCCGGAGUCUUCCUCAACCAGGGUUUAAAACAGGCGGCGGAGACGGAGGACAUCUACACCAAGACGAGUGACACAUACGCAGACCUGUCGAUGCUGCUGAAGAGCCGCUCCCCUCACUUUGCCGAGAACUUCAACAGUCGGGAUUCUGCAGUUCAAGAAAGGCUUCCAUCAACACAAAAGGUCCAACAUGUGGAACCGGUUGGUGUGGAGGAACAAGGCCAACCCCAGAGGUCUUGCAAGCAUCAGAAGAAGAAUGCGCCCAAGAUGGCGAGACGGCAAGAGCACGCGGUGAACACGACGAGCAGCAAGAAGAAAUUGGAACCAUCCCUCAAAUGGAAGAAUCUCGGCCUCACGGCUCCCUUUGACGAAGCGCAGCAGAGGAAACCCAGUAAGGGCACUGGGAGGGAGAGGGCCGGCGAGACGCAGGAGAAGAUCCUGAGAUCCACCAAGGGCAACUUCUCCGUGGCCUCCCUACCCGGGCACCAGAAAACUGAAGCAGAGCAGAAGAAACCCAGUAAGGGAUCUGGAAAGGGGAGGGCGGGCGAGACGCAGGAGAAGAUGCUGAGGUCGGAGAGCAAGAGGAAGGCCAACUUCUCCUUGGCCUCCCUACCGGCGCACCAGUCCUCCCAGAGAAGUAAGACAGAGGAGCUCUUCAGCGAGAGCUCCUCGGAGAGCGAGGAAGACGAGGAGCAGCCAGACCGCCGGCCCAAGAGCAACAUGGACCUUCCCUCCGAAUACUGGCAGAUCCAGAAACUGGUCAAGUACCUCAAGCGUGGCGACCAGACGGCCACUGUGAUUGCUCUGUGCUGCAUGAUGGACUUCAACUUGGCGCAGGAGACGUGCCAAAUGGCCAUCCGGGACGUAGGUGGCCUGGAGGUGCUCAUUAACUUGCUGGACACAGAAGAAAUCAGAUGCCAAAUCGGUUCGCUGAAGAUCCUGAGGAAGAUCAGCCAGAACUCCCAGAUUCGCCGCGCCAUCGCGGACCUGGGCGGCCUCCAGACCAUGGUGAAGAUCCUGGACUCCCCCGUGGUGGAGCUCAAGGCCCUGGCUGCUGAGACCAUCGCCAACGUGGCCCGCUUCCGAAGGGCCCGCCGGACCGUCAGGCAGUACGGAGGCAUCAAGAGGCUGGUGGAGCUGCUGGACUGCGCCCCCGACGCGGCCACCCUCAGCGAGGAGCAGGAGAAGGAGGUGGAGGCGGCGCGCUGCGGGGCCCUGGCGCUGUGGAGCUGCAGCAAGAGCACCCGCAACAAGGAGGCCAUCCGGCAGGCGGGAGGGGUGCCGCUGCUGGCCCGGCUGCUCAAGUCCCCCCACGAGAACCUGCUCAUCCCCGUGGUGGGCACCCUGCAGGAGUGCGCCUCGGAGGGCAGCUACAGGGUUGCGAUUCACAGCGAGGGCAUGGUGAAGGACCUGGUGACCAACCUGAACCGGGACAAUGAGGAGCUCCAGAUGCACUGUGCCAGCGCCAUCUUCAAGUGUGCCGAGGAAAAGCAAACCCGGGACCUGGUGCGUCAGUACCAGGGCCUGAAGCCACUGGUGUCCCUGCUGAGCAAGGCCGACAACAAACAGCUGCUGGCCGCCACCACUGGGGCCAUCUGGAAGUGUUCCAUCAGCAUCGAGAACGUGGCUAAGUUCCAGGAGUACCAGACACUGGAUAUCUUGGUGGGCCUGCUGACGGACCAGCCAGAGGAGGUGCUGGUCAACGUGGUGGGGGCUCUGGGGGAGUGUGCCCAGGGCGCUGCCAACAGGGUCACCAUCCGCAAGAGUGGCGGCAUCCAGCCUCUGGUGAACCUGCUCACGGGAACCAACCAGGCACUGCUUGUGAACGUGACCAGGGCGGUGGGGGCCUGCGCUGCAGAUCUAGAUACCAUGGCGAUCAUCGACAAACUGGACGGCGUGCGUCUCCUCUGGUCCCUGCUGAAGAACCCUGGGGUGGAGGUGCAGGCCAGCGCUGCCUGGGCCAUCUGCCCGUGCAUCCAGAACACAAAGUACGCAGGGGAAAUGGUGCGCUCCUUCGUCGGCGGCAUGGAACUGAUUGUCAAUCUGCUGAAGUCAACAAACAAAGAAGUGCUGGCGAGCGCCUGCGCUGCCAUCACCAAGAUCGCCAUAGACAAGGAGAACCUGGCAGUGAUCACGGACUACGGGGUCGUCCCCAUGCUGGCCAACCUGACGAACACAACCGAUGACAGGCUCCGUCGCCACCUGGCCGAGGCCAUCGCCGGCUGCUGCAUGUGGGUGAGCAACAUCGAGUCGUUCGGGGAGGUGAGGGCCGUGGCCCCCCUAGUGCGCUACCUCAAGUCCCAGGACCUCGCCGUGCACCGGGCCACGGCCGAGGCGCUGUUCCAGCUGUCCAAGAGCCCCAACAACUGCAUCACCAUGCACGAGAGCGGAGUGGUGAAGCCCCUUCUGGUGAUGAUUGGCUCCACGGACGACGUGCUCCAAGAGGCCGCCGCCGGAUGCCUGGGCAACAUCCGUCGACUGUUCCUGGCCUACGACAAAGCACGCUACGGUUAACCCCCCCACCGACCCCCACCAUCCCACCACCCCCACCCCCCAGGCGACGGCGAGCCACACCCGGGACAGUGAGGCGGUCAGGGGGGUUUGGGGUGGAGGAGUGGGGAGUGGGACGGGGGGGGGGCGGGGAGCAGGGGUUGCUGGCUGAUUAUUGAACAAAUAAAUCCGCCCCAGAUCCCCGUUCCAUCUGAAGCCCCGAGCAGCUUUCUUUCACUCCGUCUUAUUUUGGGCCGCCGGAGUGUUUCAAGUCAAAUAUUGUGACACGCGAUGAGCGCGUAUUUAUGUUUCUUCUGCUUCCGUCGGGGGGCUGGGGGCUUUUAUCUGAAGCGCCGCGCACACGUCAAUUAUUUCAUCAGUCUCUUAUACAAACAAUUUCUUGGAAACCAUCUUCUUCUGCUCCUUCUACUUCACCCCCUCCUCCUCCUCCUCUUUCUUUGCUGUCUGUCUCCUUCUUGGAGCUUUUGGACGGUGAAAAUAAAUACAUAACUUUUCAGUUUGCUCCGGUGCCAAAUCCCUUCUGCGCUUUUCGAAGAGCGGUAUCGGUUCAGGGCAUGUUCUCUGCGGUCAACAUUCUCUGAUGCAAUUUGCUAAAUCCAAACAAGAUCUGAAUCUUUUCUUUUUUUUUUAAGGUUCGCUUAUUGCUUCCUCUUCCACAUCUACCUCUUGGAACAGCAGACAAUGAAUACGAGUGGUUUGGUUUCGAUAUGCUCAUAGGCAACUCAAACGAGUUACGUCGCUCAACCUAACAGCCCGUUGUUUGCGUGUUGACACUGGGAAUCUACACUGAUUGGGAUCGUAUGAAUUGUUUGAAGUCAAAAUUGAUAAUUUCAAAGCAUAUUAAAAAAUAUAUAUAUUCUUCUUGGUUACAAUAUAUAUAAUAUUAGCUACAUUCUCAUUUUGGCUAUAGGGUGCAAAUAAUAUUUUAUGUUCCUAUUUUGUUUAUUCAGGACCAACUCUGGAUUUUCCCAGUAGUCAUAAACAAUAUAUCAAGAUUUUGAGGAAGAAUUGAGCACUGUUUCCUUUUUUGUUUUGGAAAGCAUUAACUGUUCUGUUUUCAAUUGUAACUUAUAAAGGAUAUUAAUAGUUGUUCUCUCUGUUUACAAUAGACAUUUCCAUGAAUGUCAUCUAAUCAUGACUCUGUGCAUGUGUUUUUAACAUUUGUGUGCAUUUGUGUGUAUGUGUGUGUGUAUUUGUGUGUAUGCGUGUGUGUGGAUGCAUGUGUGUGUAAAUCCGUGUGUAUGCGUGUGUGUGUGUGUGUGUGUGUGUGUGUGUGUGUGUGUGUGUGUGUGUGUGUGUGUGUGUGUGUGUGUGUGUGAAUCUGUGUGGGUGUGUGUGUGUGUGUGUACUUGUGUGUGUAUGUGCGCAUGUAUUUGUUAUUUCAUAUAGGAGUGCAGCUGAGCAGAGUGUGUCUAGACAAUGCCUUUUGUCCACUUUAUUUGUUAAGUCAAAACAGCCCACGUCGGGCUCCGCUGUUUCACGGCAGAUUGCCCCAGAGGCUGCUGGUCCUAACCACUGUCAGCAGCACCGUCACCCCCUUUUGUAUCUCUGCAUGUGUUGCCUGCUUCUCAGAUUCCACUGUCCUGGUCCCAAUUAGCCUAGCGGCUUAGCACUCAGCCACACAGAGAAUGCCACAGCAUCUCGACAGGACUUUCAUCAUUACCAUCGACCACGUGCUAAUAUCAAAACAUUAUUAGCAAAUAAGCAAAUCGUCCAAACAGCUGCUGGUACCAGAGGGUCAAAGUGAGGGCAACGAUAGAGCCGUACGGAUGAGGAAACCUCAGCGAGAUGACUAAUAAAUAGAGAAAUAUACUGGCACACUCCAAAACAGCCGUCUAGCUAGAGCUCAAAGGCAGCCACUGUCUCCAGACUGCUCUGAGCUAAGAAAUCCAUUAUGAUUAAUGGCCAUUUAAUUCUGCGAAACAUGUUUUAUGGCCACAAAAACAUGCCGUACGUCAAAACAGAUUUUUAGGGAAAUCUUUCAAUGAAAAGCAUUUGGUAAGCCUAACAAGCAAAGGAAAGCCGUUAUCAUAAUUAGCUUCUCGUCUCUGUUUAAUCUCUUUCUGGUUCUAUCCCUCUGGCCUCUGUCAGCAUUUUUAUUUCACUUUCUGCAUCCUCGCGACUCCUCACGUCUUCCCCUUGUGUUUGUUUUGCAGUGGUUUGAUCCGUGACCGUAUGGGGGCACAUAUUAAUAACCUGUUGACUUAGCGAUCCGACAAACGACGUACCGCUCCGUCAAAGUGUGACCCAUACGCAAUGCGCUACUGCACGCCAUGUUUUCGCUGUCGGUCACCCAGGCUCAGAGGCUCCGUCCGCUGGGCUUCAUACCCUGGUCUUCAUCCACCCAGCUUACAGAGAGAGAGACGUAUCCUUCUCCGUAAUGGCUUCCCGGUGUACGUAGCUGUUGCGCCACACUUGAUUUACAGUUGGAAAGAAAGCCGUCUGCUUGUUGUCACGAGGAACCGCUGCUGCACCUCACUCACCCAGUCCCUGCGUGGCUUCUCGGGACGGCCUGUGCCUCGUGGAAGUGGCGAGUGGGGUGUUUUUUUCUUUUUCAGAGGAGACUAACCCUAACCCUCUGGCCCAUCGGUCAUGAAGCCACAGUUGAGCCGCAAUCCCUCCUGAGAAGGAAAACUGCAACUUUAUUUCCUUGCCCGGGUCGGGACAGGGGACAUUAUUCAUUGGGAAAUAAGAGGUUGUGCCUCCACGCCUCGGCAGCGACGGCAAUUACAUCCGACUGCGUCCUUUCUAGUUUGCGUCAGACUUCCAGAAGCUUCCCUCGGGCUCAAGGGAGGGGACGGAAAUGGUUGAGGGAUAUCCCCGGGUUGUGUUUUCGUCGGGAGUCGUGUAGACCUUGGCAUCUGGCUACCACUCCUAUGUACGGUAUAGGAAAUGGUAUAGCUCUCCCCGUUGACCCGACCUUCAACCCAGCGUGCAGACACCGCGUUGAUGGACACGCCCUGGCUCUUAAUUACGCAUUUUAAGAAGAUUUAUGAAUGGAAAUGUGGUAUUCCCCGCAUUCCCUUGUCCAGAGUGAGGUGGACAAAAUAACACGAUUUAUAUCACUUGUUUCUUUUUAUGGACACUCACCACUUCAAUAAACCGGCUGGAGUAUCAUGAUACUGGCUCAAUUGUUCAAAAGCUUUGCCUGUUGUUUGAGGUAUUAUGUUUUAUUAUUAAAGAUCCCACAGAUCCCAAGCCGCCCUGUGGAAACUUUAAAUAAAGGAGACUAAUAAACAGUAAAAAUCUGCUGCCAAAUAUUAUAAGUGGCUCUGUGCCCCCUUCUCCCCCUCCACCCCCCUGUGUCAAAGUCCAUUUUUUUACACAAAAAUCACAAGCUGUUGCACAGGAGUAGCCUCAAGUCUCAACCUGCCUCUAUUGGUCUGCCUGUGAUGCUGCCAUUAUAAACAUGCGUGUUCACAAGGGCCCCACAGAGUCCCAUCCAAACAGAAAGCGGAGCCGGGGACCCUGUACACGGGGGCCAGGGGCUGAACACAGCGUCUCUUCUCCAGACUGCAAAUUAGUUUAAUAUCAUUAGGCCCUUGCUCACACAACCAGGGUCUGUGGGUGUGAUGGCCGCGUGGAGCGAGGUGCCCGCUGAUACUCCCUGCUACAGCACCCCCGCCUGACCCCAAAUAGCAUGACCCGUCGUACUAUUAAAUAUUGUUUAUGACUAUUUAAUAUGAAAUAUUAUUAAAUAUAUUAUGUAAUAUUUACUACACUUAUUUUAAAGGCUCUCAGAGCUCCUAAUGAAUUUUGACGUUAUCGUCUAUCGAUAACGAGUGAGCAAGCACCACAAGGUGUAGUAUCAAGUUUUUUGUGAGGUAAGAGUAGUGUCUGCAUAUAGCUCUCAGGUUAUUAAUAUUACCUAUAUUGGUCUUGACAGCCGUGGUUAUGUCCAGGGCUCACAAAGCUCUGUGGCUGUCUUGGUUCUUUUUGGGAAGAAGUUUUUUACCUGCAGGAACCACAGAGUGGAGAAAGCACUAUUAUAAGAACCUGAGAUGUACAGAGGAUUGAUGGUGUUGCCUUCAAACGAAAAAGGGGAAGCUGGUGUUUCCUUCCGUAAACGUAUGAAUUCAGUUGCAGAAUAAAUAGAGCUUUUCUCCCACACUCUGACUGAGUGAAACCAGUUGAAUGUGAUGGAUGGUUGUUAAAUGUUGGGGCUAAUUUCAAAGUGCGAUAGACCUCAGCCACUCGUCAUUCUUAAAAACUCAGCCUUGGCGUGAAAUUAGGGUAUGAGGUCAUCUGAGAUGUAUUCUUCCAGAAGUGACAAUACUUUUUAAGACAGAUUAUGGGCUUUACUUUUAACAUAUGCGUAUGGCAUAUAGGGGGAGGAAUUCGAAUACCCAUGCAUUUGCAGAGAAGACCUUAUAAUAGGAGUCUUGGAAGUCUUAGAAAACUCAUAAAUACAGUCCUUCACACGUUGGACAGGGAUGACUUGGCUCGGGCUCUCUCUCCUCACAGCUGCGAGCCAUACGACCGGCCUCUGUGUUUCUCUCCGAUGUGUUGUGAACCAACCGGAGACAUUCCACAGAGAAAUGAUCUGACCCCGGUCGUUUACCUUGGGAUCAUUUCGCCAGGCAGAUCGUGGCUCCGUGCACCCAAGAGAAUGAGACGUGAUGCAACGCAGGAGAGCGGUGCCAAAUUAACAAAUCAUCAGCGAGGCCCGUAAAAGUAAAAAAGCUGAUGGCGUGCUGGUACCACUGACAGGUGCGAGAUCCAGUUUCUCUCUCUGCAUAAUAGGAGAAAUAUGAAAGUGAUCGACAGCUAAAUUGUUCCAAUUGGGAUUUUCCAGCUCAUCAUGGAGUGACAUCACCAAUCUCUACCCCUCAGCUUGGCUGUUUUUACUCCCGCUAUGAGUCUGACAUUAAAAAAUAUCCUUUUCCUUAUACGCAACCAGCCCUACCCCUCCACCCCUCCCCGCCUUUCGCUGCAACCGUCAGUCCUGGUCCAGCCUUGCGCCGUCUGUCUGUUUGACUGAGCGCUCCCAAAUACUUCAGAGCUUCGCAAACCAUCUGCUCGCAAAAAGAAAAAUACCUGAAAAGUCAUCGGCCACAGAUUGCCCAGGCAGAGGUAUAGAGGCGAUGACACAUGGUUAACUGAAACACUUUGCAGAGGGGUUUUCACGCUGGCAUAACAAAUGACCGAUUCAACGUUGCCUAUUUGUUAUUCUUCCUUGUGAGUGAGCUGCUUUUGGAUGGAAUAUUUUACACAAAAUAAAUCUGUGUGUCUGAUUUAGCGCGACUUGGACCCGCAUUGCAUGAAAACAUAGCGUCAACUUUUAAAUUGAAACAGUGUCCAGCGACCGUUGUAUUCAUCAGGGCCAUUCUAAUAACUGGAUGUGAACACUGCCAUCUGGAUAAUGUAGUCUGUGCCAUUAAGGAGUCAUCUGUGUGCAUCAAGUAGUCAUCUGUGUAUUCUGGGGAAGACAUAUUUAGACGGACAAGAGUUAAAAGAAUUCAAAAGUGCUCCAAGUUACAAUUACGCUCCACUGUAAUUUCUCCUAGCAGCUUUUAAUGGCAAUCCUGCCUCCGUUUUGAUUACUCAAAGUAGUAGGCCUAAUGCAAGUUUAUAGUUUCUGAUUAGUGUCAUAAAUGUUUAAAACCCUUGUUUAAAAAGUAGAAAAUGGCAGAACUAGUGGAUUCGCUGCUCGGCUACAAUAUCUGCUCACAUUUUCCAGCAAAUCAUUCAAACAAAUAUGUCUGUGGCUUUAAAAAGGGCCCUGCAAUGUAAUUCAGACUUGGUUUGCUGGGCAAAUGAUAUCCAACUCUGGUGUGAAAAUGUCAGUUAAAAUAUGAGGUAGAAUUACAGUUAUGGAGACUUGGGCUGAGGAACUCAUUUAGAGUGUAAUUGUUCAAAGGGUUGACCAAACAUUUCAAGUCAAGUAAUAGCCCCGUUUUUGGAGAAGUGCUUUGAUUAUACCCUUAGGCAAAUUGGGCGUGUUCCUUGCAUGCAUUUGAUGAUGACAGCUCCAAAGUAGGUAUAUUGUAGCUGAAACAAAAUGUAAUUGACUGUAUUUGUGGACCACACAGGAAUGAGCUCACAAAGAAUAUAUUCAGAGCAUUUCUUCCAAGUCUAUACUUCCACUUCUGUCCUCCUGGGUUCUGAUUGAAAGCACAACUGCUCCUUGACAUGUUCUCGGCGUUGUUUGUUUUAGACGAGGCCAUCGCUUUUUCCAGGAGAAAACAAACAAACAAAGAGAGCACUAAUAAAUAAAACCCCAGUUACACAUCGCUGUCAGGCUCCGUCCGUCUCAGAGUUGGAAAAAGUCCACGGAGAGGGGCGGAGGAUGGAUGAAUGAAUGCCUCAAAUAUUUACACAUGUUUUUGGUGAAAAGUAUUUCUCACUGUUAAUCAUCCAAACAAAUCACACAGUUCCCCCCUAAAACUUCUCAAACUGAAUUAGAGGAUAAUGGAGUAAAAAAAAAAAAAAGGUAUGAAUUCUUUGUAGAAAUGCAAUCGAACAUACUGUGUGUUGAAAGA